CUCGGCUCCGCUCGGCUCGGCUGGGCUCGGCUUCACUCCCCGCUGUUGGGCGGGGAGGGCGGCCGGAGCCCGGGGGAGGGGAGCCGCAAGGACAUGGGCUGGCUCUGAGCGCUGGGGGAGGAAAGCCGUCGUGCGUGUGCCUCCGUAGAUUUUAAUAACUGUUUGUUGUUGGGUGGUGUGGGUUAGUCUUUUUUUUUUUUUUUUUCCCCUCCCCGUUUUCCACACGGCGGAGGGGAGAGCGGCAGCCCCCGGCGCGCUUGCAUGGCUUCUGUCGCCCGGGGCGCAGCUGGCAAAUAGAUCCCGGCUCGGGCCAGGUGACAUCGCCCCGGGAGCGACAGGGGCGGGGGCCAUGGAGGGACCCUCGGGGGACGCGGAGCUGCCGCUGCUCACGGUGAAGCACGAGCUGAGGAACGCAAAUUUGACAGGCCAUGCAGAGAAAGUUGGCAUUGAAAACUUUGAGCUCCUGAAAGUUCUUGGAACAGGGGCCUAUGGAAAAGUGUUCCUAGUGAGGAAAGUAAGCGGCCAUGAUGCUGGAAAACUGUAUGCCAUGAAAGUACUGAAGAAAGCAACAAUAGUUCAAAAAGCCAAAACAACUGAGCACACAAGGACAGAACGACAAGUCUUGGAGCACAUUAGACAAUCACCAUUUUUAGUCACGUUGCAUUAUGCCUUCCAGACAGAUACAAAGCUUCAUCUCAUUUUAGACUAUAUAAAUGGAGGAGAAUUGUUUACUCAUCUUUCACACAGAGAGAGAUUCUCAGAAAAUGAGGUGCAAAUUUACAUUGGGGAAAUCGUUUUGGCUCUUGAACAUCUCCACAAGUUGGGGAUUAUAUAUCGGGAUAUAAAACUUGAGAAUAUUCUCCUCGAUUCUGAUGGCCAUGUGGUGCUGACAGACUUUGGUCUGAGUAAGGAGUUUCUUACUGAUGAGAAUGAGAGAGCAUAUUCCUUCUGUGGAACAAUAGAAUACAUGGCUCCAGAUAUUGUAAGGGGAGGAGACACAGGACAUGAUAAGGCUGUUGAUUGGUGGAGUGUUGGUGUUCUUAUGUAUGAAUUAUUAACUGGAGCAUCACCAUUUACAGUCGAUGGAGAGAAGAAUUCCCAAGCAGAGAUUUCUAGGAGAAUAUUAAAAAGUGAACCUCCUUAUCCACAAGAAAUGAGUGCUCUGUCUAAGGAUAUAAUUCAGCGGCUUUUGAUGAAAGACCCCAAGAAGAGGCUAGGCUGUGGUCCCACUGAUGCUGAUGAAAUCAAGCAGCAUCCCUUUUUCCAGAAUAUGAAUUGGGAUGAUUUAGCUGCCAAAAAAAUACCAGCUCCGUUUAAACCAGUAAUAAGAGAUGAAUUGGAUGUCAGUAAUUUUGCAGAAGAGUUUACAGAAAUGGAUCCAACAUACUCUCCUGCAGCAACCCCUCAGACUUCAGAAAGAAUAUUUCAGGGAUAUUCUUUCGUUGCACCUUCUAUUUUGUUUAAACGCAAUGCAGCUACAGUAGAUCCUCUGCAGUUUUAUAUGGGGGAUGAACGACCUGGAACUACAACUAUUGCCAGAAGUGCUAUGAUGAAGGACUCUCCAUUUUAUCAUCAUUAUGAACUGGAUCUGAAAGAGAAACCAUUGGGAGAAGGAAGUUUUUCCAUUUGUCGAAAGUGCUUACACAAGAAAACUAGCCAAGAGUAUGCAGUAAAAAUAAUUAGCAAAAGAAUGGAAGCCAACACCCAGAGAGAAAUAACAGCCCUGAAACUCUGCGAAGGACACCCAAAUGUAGUGAAGUUACAUGAAGUUUUUCAUGACCAGUUUCACACAUUUCUGGUAAUGGAAUUGCUGAAGGGAGGAGAAUUGCUUGAGCGUAUUCAGAAAAAGAAACAUUUCAGUGAGACUGAAGCCAGUCACAUCAUGCGCAGACUUGUUUCAGCAGUGAGCCACAUGCACGAUGUAGGAGUAGUCCACAGAGAUCUGAAACCUGAGAAUUUACUAUUUACAGAUGAAACUGAUAAUUCAGAAAUAAAAAUAAUUGAUUUUGGCUUUGCUCGUUUAAAACCACCUGAUAAUCAGCCUCUGAAGACUCCAUGUUUUACUCUUCAUUAUGCUGCCCCAGAGCUCUUGAAUCACAAUGGUUAUGACGAGUCUUGUGAUCUGUGGAGUUUGGGAGUCAUUUUGUACACAAUGCUAUCAGGACAGGUACCAUUUCAGUCUCAAGACAGAAGUUUAACAUGUACCAGUGCAUUGGAAAUUAUGAAGAAAAUUAAAAAGGGAGAAUUUUCCUUUGAAGGAGAAGCUUGGAAAAAUGUUUCUGAAGAGGCUAAAGAGCUCAUUCGAGGACUUCUAACAGUGGAUCCAAACAAAAGAAUUAAAAUGUCCAGCCUGAGAUACAAUGAAUGGCUUCAGGAUGGCAGCCAGCUGUCAUCCAACCCUCUAAUGACUCCUGAUAACUUAGGCUCUUCAGGAGCUGCAGUGCACACAUAUGUCAAAGCCACUUUUCAUGCCUUUAACAAGUACAAAAGGGAAGGAUUUUGUCUCCAGAAUGUUGACAAGGCACCUCUUGCAAAAAGAAGGAAAAUGAAAAAAACAAGUACAAGCACAGAGACACGUAGCAGCUCCAGUGAAAGUUCACAUUCUUCUUCCUCUCAUUCUCAUGGUAAAACUACACCUACAAAGACAUUGCAGCCCACAAACCCUGCAGACAGCAAUAACCCGGAAACCAUCUUCCAGUUCUCUGACUGAAAAGUGGAGAAUAUUCUCUCUUGAAGAUUUAAGUGGUUAUAAACUUGGUAGUACCUACAUUUUCUCCUCCCACCCUUCCUCCCUGUGGCUUACAGGCUGCUACAGAACGUCCAUUGCUUUAGAAAUGUAUUUCAGUCAUACCUUUUUAGCUUUGUAUUUCAAUACAUUUCUUUUUAGCAUUAAGUUUGGUAUCACUGGAUAUGGUAUAAUACUAUUAUACAAACAACAUUCUUUUCUCUUAGGGCUAAAUUACUAGUGUGCAGUCCAGCUCAAGGUAAGGAGCUAUGCUGCUUGUGGUACAGCUUGGAAGAAGACCUUCUCAGUGUCAGAAUCUUCCUCCCAGUUUUUUCCCCACUGUUCAAAGAAAGGAAAGCUCUGUAACAUAUAUAGAACUUUUGGAUCUUCUGCUUUUACUCAGCUCUGUGAACAAUGUUAUAGAAUUUGAUUCUUCAUGCAUGUAAAGAAUCACUGGUACAAUGCACCAAAGCAGUAUAGUACUUUAAGACCUUUUAAAUUUGUGAUUACAUUCUAUCCCAUUUCUUUGAAUUUUAAGAUCAAAAUGAAGAGUUAUGGAACUCUUUAUUUUGUUUUAAAAAGUAACUCCACAUAUCUUAUUCUAAACAACUGAGAAUACAAGUCUUAGAUUUUUUUUUUUAAAGUAAUUUAUUUUUUUAAAUAAAUCUAGGGUAAAAGAUGUCUAAUGUGAGAUGUCUAGUACUGUGAUACAAUUUUUUUUUGGAAGUUAUUAACUUCUAAAAGACUUUACAGAUUCUAAAAUAUAAUUCUAUAAGAGAAAAUUAAAUUUCAUAUUCAAUGCUUUGGAAAAUGGUCACAUGUUAAAAUAUCUAUUUCAAGAAUUAAUUAUAAUUUAUAUUUUCUUUUUAUAUUUACACAAUAACUUUAAAAUAUUAAGAUUUUUUUAAAGAUGCAAAAGCACCAGUUUCAACAUCUGUUAUUAUAGGGUCCAUACAAAAUGCAUACCAAGUUAUUUGAAUUUUGCAUUGUGCAAAUAUGACAGUUUAAUAGUAACUGUAAAAUAUUAGAAUAUAUGUUUUAUUUUUUGCACUUUAUAACAUCUAAAGGAGAUGUUUUAGAAUAAAGUGCACUCAGAUCUCUUUUCCUACAAGGGUGCUGAGCACUGAUUUACUGGGUUGAAUGACCUGAAAUCCACCAUAUUUGGUGGUUGUGGUCAUUGUGAAGGAGAAUUCUGUACUUUGCAGGAGUGAAUCCCUGUAUAUUACCCACUGUUUUCAUUCCUUACUUCAAAAUGCAAAGCUCUUUCUAUCUCGCUUUUACAUUGUAUAUAACAAAUACUAGACCUGGGCACCUUGUGUAGUGUAGAUGUUAACAACUUAUGCACUGGGAAUACUAAAGGGAAAUUAUAUUGAACACUGUGCUUCACAACUUGUUCACUGUGGUGUACUACAGUGAAGUAUUUCCUACUGUGAUAGUAUAGUAUGUACAUAACUGUUUGGAAUCAUAAAUGUGACUUACAGAAACAUCAGCAUAAACUUUUAAAUCAGUAUAUUUUAUAAAUUUAUGGAGAGCUCUUUUAUAGCUUGUAUUCUCAAUGACCAGAAGUAACUUAAGUGCUAAAGAUGACUUCAGUUUUGCAAAUGCUUACAUGUGUAAGUUUCCACUGAAGUCAGAGGGGCUCCUUGUCAUAUGCCUAAAUUUCUGUAGCGGAAGACUAAUUGACUAGAGGAUUUUGUUAACAGCUGGCUCUAUCUUUAAGUAACCUUAAUCCAAACCCUAUGCAAAAAAAAAAAAAAAGGUUAUAGGAAUUGUUUAUAUCAGUGGUUUUAUUUAUAGAAUUGUAUCAGAUAUCAGUAUUGACAAAUACAAUACAUCCAUGUUUACAGGGAUUGUGUGUAUCAAAACAAGGCUUUGUAGCCCAACAUGUUUGUUCUGUGUUUCUUUAAUAUUAAUAAUGGCAUUCUGAAGUUUUGGAAUUGCUCAUGUGAAAUAGUUUACUACUUUCUUGAUGUGAAUGUCAACAGUAAUUGCAGCAUUAAUUUCAGGUUGAUGUGAAUAUUGAGAUUUGCACUGUUUAUGUAGAAGUAGUAUAUUUAAAGAUCAGUAUAUGUGCUAAUAACACAACCAGUUUUAAAUGGCCGAUGUUAAAGUAUUGAAAAAUAAUUGUCAAUGUAAUAUAUUCAGGUUUGCUUUCUGAAUGCUCUCUUUGGAAGUAAUCUCAAUAGUGAACAUGGCUCAUUUGUAAAAGAGUACUUCCCCUCUCCCCAAUAAACUUGCUGUAAAUACAACAAACAAUCCACCAUUAAUGCUUGUUAUGCAGACAGCACAAGUGAAUCGGGACAUUGGAGAACAGGUUGUUUGUAAAGUUUGCACUUGGAGGAGUUCUUGGAAUUUGUUUUCUUCAGGGUGAGGACAACAAAAAGCUGUCUUGGUUUUAUUUCAUUUAAAUGUAAGAAACUUUCGGAUACCAAAUGGAUUUGUAAUAUGGUAACACAGAAGUCCAGUAUUGCAUCAGAAUGGAUUGAGCCUUCAAACUUGCUCGGCCCUUUUCCAUGGCUACUUUUCUGAACAAGAUAAUGAUCCCUGCACAGCUGUGCUCCCUCUGUCAUCUGAGAACAGAAUAAUUCCUGGCAGGAAAUAUUCAUAGAAUGAUGAUAUAUGUUUAUUGGUUGUAAUGAAGUGUUGCACAACCUACUUAUAUUUUUAAUGUAAGCAUGUAUUAUGUGCAUGCAUGUACGUACAUGCUGUAUUGCAUGUCUAAGUCUCAAUUUAAAGUCAUAUGCUUUGUUUGAGAGAACUUAUAUUUAAAAAUGAGUUCUGGACUCACACAGAGUUGGAAGGCCAGACAAUGGGGCUACCACAGAAGAGGAAGAAUGUUACGGGAAAUCAGAGGUGAGAGGCUUCUGGAAGGAUGUUUUCAGAGGUAAAUUUCUCCCCUGGCUAUCUCAGUGUGCAUGUAAUAAUCACUGACACUGAAUUGCAAGCUUUAUUGCCAGUUGUCCAGCAUAAACACGUUUCCUAACUCUGCAGUCACUGAGUAUGUGUGCGUGUCCACACACAUGUGUAUAUCUUCAUAACAUUAGCUCAUCAUACUGAAAUUUUUUGUUAUUUCUAAAAUGUCAUUCCAGGUAUUUUUACUAAGUUGAUGGUCUUCAUUCUUUGACUCAUAAAUAACAGUCUUUCUCAGUAUCCAGUUUUUUACAUUGUAGAACAUGACAUUGCCUUCCUUCAGCUGAAAUAGUUGAUGGAAUAUUCUGGAUUGAAAGAACAAAAAAUAACAUGUCUGUUUCUGCUGUA